CUGCUGGCGAGGACCGGCCGAGACGCGACAGCUGCGCACAUCCGCCGAACGGUGCGCGAAUCCCGCCGAGGAGCUGGAGGGAGCCGCGGUCAUGGCCUCGGAUAGCUGCUUGUUUGUGUGGUCUGAUCAGUGUGUCGUUGUGUGUCCUCUCCUCCUGUCAGUCACGCCCGAGGCCAUCGGCUUCCUGUCGGCGGUGUGCGUCUUCAUCGUGGCGCUGGCCCUCCUCUUCCUCUUCAUCAACAAGCUGCUGUGCUUCUCCCGCGUGGGGGGGCUCCCCUGCCUGGAGCAGCGUGGCCAUCGGCGCCGGGCGGCGGGGAUCCGCCAGGGACUGGUGAAGAGUUUCGGGCGGCAGUCGUCUUCCUCGUCCUCCGACAGCGAGGCGGAGAUUCUGAAGCAGUUUGAGAUGUCUGUGUCACGGUCGCAGAGCUUCAGGUCCACGGUCAAGGACACAGAAAAGGCGGCGAGGCCGCCCACCAUCAGCAGAGGUCGCAGGUUCACCCGCCUGUCAGACCAGGAAGAGGGCAGCACCGAGCCAUCUGAGUGUGAAGACAUGGAGGACCAGAAGGGCUCUGGUCAGGAUCCACUAUCUGUCGCCACAGUAGAAGAAACAGAUGAGGCAAAGGUCUCCUCCUCAGGGGCCUCCGCCCCGAUGACCCUCUCCACCAACAAAGUUCAACCAGCUCCAGAUGGCAGCGAGGUUACCGACCAGUCCAAAGUUCCCGAGCAGGAUCAGGAUGGCUCCUCCAGCUGCUCACCUGAGGACCCGCCUCCCUCCGAUCGUGACCUCUCUCCGCCGGUCAGCUCAUCUCCAGCCCCCAUCUCCGUUUGCGGGGAGCUGGUGGUCUCUCUGGUGUACUGGCACGACUCGGAGAAGCUUCAGGUCACGGUGCUGUGGGCGCGCAACGUUCCCACCAAGGCCCGGAGCGGGGUGGACACCUGGCAGGUCCACCUGGUUCUGCUGCCGUCCAAGAAGCAGCGCCACAAGACGUCCGUGCAGAAGGGCUCGCAGCUGCGCUUCAACGAAACCUUUCGCUUCUCGCGCCUGGAGCCGUCGCAGGUUUCCAUGUCUGCCGUGCGGUUCCGGCUCUACGCCCUGGAGGGGCGGAUGUCCCGGGAGCGCAUGAUGGGCGAGAAGAUCCUGCGGCUGGACGGACUGGACCCGAAGGGAGGGAAGGCGGAGAUGACCCUGAUACUGGAGCCGCGCAGUAACCUGAAGAGCAUGGACUCACAGCUGAGUCUCUCCACCGUGUCUCGGAGCGACAGCGCCUCGUCCACACAGUCACUGACUCAUGGGGGCUCACCAGAGCUUCUCCUUGGUCUGACCUACAGCGCCACCACUGGACGACUGUCGGUGGAAAUGAUCAAAGGAAGUCAUUUCAGGAACCUGGCAGUCAACAGACCACCAGACACCUACGCACAGCUGGUGCUGCUGAACCCUUCGGGUCAGGAAAUGUCGCGUUGCAAAACGUCUUUGCGCCGCGGGCAACCGAACCCCGUCUACAAGGAGACCUUCAUCUUCCAGGUGGCGCUGUUCCAGCUGUCAGAUGUGACGCUGCUGGUGUCCGUCUACAGCCGCCGCAGCAUGAAGCGGAAGGAGAUGGUGGGAUGGGUUGCUCUGGGCCAGAACUCCAGCGGUGAGGAGGAGCUGCUCCACUGGCAGGACAUGAAGGAGGCCAAAGGUCAGCAGGUGAGCCGCUGGCACGUGCUGCUGGAGGCGUGAGUGCGGCACCGCCUGCUGGUCAACGGCAUGUUUGGCCAAACGGGACGCAGAAUGUGACUGUCAAUCAUGUGGACAUGCGGGUCGUGUCACGUGACCCCGCGGCAGGACGUCCAAUGGGCGGGGAUCCUUUGAGUUUUUCCACCCCGGACAGGGUGGCAUGGUCGCGAAACUCAGGUCCGAACCAAAGGUGGGACGGUGUCGAGCAUGUGACAGCGGGGUCCAGACACUAGCACCGUCGCUGACUGGCUGUGUAAUCGUUUUUGUUGUGAGGUGGUAAACGUGACACCAUAGCGCACCGCCGCCAGUCAACCGUGAUCACCUUCAUCGACUGCUUUUCCUUUGUGUUUUUGUAUUUUCAUAUUUCUAUCAAGAUGUAUUUAAGUAUUCCUCACUGCGGACGUGUGACAAAUAAACGUGGCACAACUUG